GACCGAGGUCCAGGGCUAGCGCCCAGCCGCCUGUCCCCGUGGUCGGGAGCAAGGCGCUUCUCCUUCCUUGGACCUCAGUGUCCUCUUCUCCGAAACCGGGAGGUUUUGGACUGUUCGUUGGAGAACAUCAGUUGACAGGCCAUAAAGUGGCAGUUAAAAUCUUAAAUAGACAGAAGAUUCGCAGUUUAGAUGUUGUUGGAAAAAUAAAACGGGAAAUUCAAAAUCUAAAACUCUUUCGUCAUCCUCAUAUUAUCAAACUAUACCAGGUGAUCAGCACUCCAACAGAUUUUUUUAUGGUAAUGGAAUAUGUGUCUGGUGGUGAAUUAUUUGACUACAUCUGUAAACAUGGACGGGUUGAAGAGAUGGAAGCCAGGAGGCUCUUUCAGCAGAUCCUGUCUGCCGUGGAUUACUGUCAUAGGCAUAUGGUUGUACAUCGAGACUUGAAACCAGAAAAUGUCUUGUUGGAUGCACACAUGAAUGCCAAGAUCGCUGAUUUUGGGUUAUCUAAUAUGAUGUCAGAUGGUGAAUUUCUGCGAACUAGUUGUGGAUCUCCAAAUUAUGCUGCACCUGAAGUAAUCUCAGGCAGAUUGUAUGCAGGUCCUGAAGUUGAUAUCUGGAGCUGUGGUGUUAUUUUAUAUGCUCUUCUUUGUGGCACCCUCCCAUUUGAUGAUGAGCAUGUACCUACAUUAUUUAAGAAGAUCCGAGGGGGUGUUUUUUAUAUCCCAGAGUAUCUGAAUCGUUCUGUUGCCACUCUCCUGAUGCAUAUGCUGCAGGUCGACCCCCUGAAACGAGCAACUAUCAAAGACAUAAGAGAGCAUGAAUGGUUUAAACAAGAUUUGCCCAGUUACUUAUUUCCUGAAGACCCCUCCUAUGAUGCUAACGUCAUUGAUGAUGAGGCUGUGAAAGAAGUGUGUGAAAAAUUUGAGUGUACAGAAUCAGAAGUAAUGAACAGUUUAUAUAGUGGUGACCCUCAAGACCAGCUUGCAGUGGCUUAUCAUCUUAUCAUUGACAAUCGGAGAAUAAUGAACCAAGCCAGUGAGUUCUAUCUCGCCUCUAGUCCCCCAACUGGUUCUUUUAUGGAUGAUAGUGCCAUGCAUAUUCCCCCAGGCCUGAAACCUCAUCCAGAAAGGAUGCCACCUCUUAUAGCAGACAGCCCGAAAGCAAGAUGUCCAUUGGAUGCGCUGAAUACAACUAAGCCCAAAUCUUUAGCUGUAAAAAAAGCCAAGUGGCAUCUUGGGAUCCGAAGUCAAAGCAAACCAUAUGACAUUAUGGCUGAAGUUUACCGAGCUAUGAAGCAGCUGGAUUUUGAAUGGAAGGUAGUGAAUGCAUACCAUCUUCGUGUAAGAAGGAAAAAUCCAGUAACUGGCAAUUAUGUGAAAAUGAGCUUACAACUUUACCUGGUUGACAAUAGAAGCUAUCUUUUGGACUUUAAAAGCAUUGAUGAUGAGGUGGUGGAGCAGAGGUCUGGUUCUUCAACACCUCAGCGUUCCUGUUCUGCUGCUGGCUUACACAGACCAAGAUCAAGUUUUGAUUCUGUAACUCCAGAGAGCCAUUCGCUUUCUGGCUCUCUUACUGGCUCCUUGACCGGAAACCCAUUGUCUUCAGUUACACCUCGGCUGGGCAGUCACACCAUGGAUUUUUUUGAAAUGUGUGCCAGUCUGAUCACUACUUUAGCCCGUUGAUGUUCUAUCCCUAGUUUAUAUCUUUCUGUUACUGCACUGUGAAAAUCAGAUAUAUUCUUUAAAUUAUUAUUUUACUUAUGCAUAUCACAUACUCUAAAAUGCUGAUUGACAGAUGUGAAUAUUGCCAGGGGACACCCAAUGCCAUUGAAAUCACUGAAAACGAGUUUGACAUUUUAUUUACCUGUAGAAGUCUGUAAUUCUAUUUUGUCUAUGAUAAAUUCACAUAGGCAGACUCUUUAAUAGGUGAACAUUGAUGAAGAUUGUUAAUUUAAAACUGUGAGUUCACUACAGAUGAUUAAUACACCUUCACUGGUGAACCAUCUCAAAGGAUGGUUUGGCAGCACCUCCUUGCUUUACUCUUUAGGUAAAUUCAGUUUACUUCUAAAUAUUUCAGCAGGCUUUAAGCUGUGUUUAUGCACCUAAUUCUUUUGCACGAGAAGAUUAAAAAAAUAAAACAAGCAUUAGUAAGUAGUGUUUAAAUGUUAAAUUCUUAAAAGCCUGCCCCCAAAAUAUCAGAAGCCAAGUUCUUCUAAUAGUUUUCACCUAGUGUUUAACACAAGGGCUGUGGUCCUGUAACAGGACUGCUUUCCUUGUUCCUUAAAAACAACUGUAACCAACUAGAGGUUUUAUCUUGAGAUUUCUGUGAAUAACAUUUAUUUUAAAAGCCUUCAAGAUUCUACUCAGUAUUGGAACAUCUGGAAUUGCAACGACUUUUAUCUUUUUCAUAAACAUAUUUUAAAACAUGACUUCAAAACCUACCUUUUGCAAAUUCUUUUUUGUUCUAUUUAUUUUUGUACUUUCUAAAAUGUGAUGAAAUAAUUACAUGAAACAAAGCGAAGUAUCAACAGUCUCUUUAAAAAGAGCUGUUAUCUUUGAUUUCUUACUGGGUGUGGUAGUUGGGGGAGUGUGUGUGCGUGUGUAUGUGUGUGUGUGUGAGAGAGAGAGGGAGAGAGGUUGCAUCUCACAUGUUAAUUCUUCAUCUGAAUAAGUUUGUUAUUGCAGCCAACCCCUCCCUCACCCUAGUCACCUUCCGUCUUUGUUUAUUGUUUAAUCCUUAGUGGCUGAUUGGUUUAGCUUUUAAAUCUUUUCUGGUUACCUUUCUUUGUUUUAUAUCUUGGUUGCUAGCCAUCCAAUUUGAAAACAUGUUCUAGCCCUAAGGGCUUUUAUGUACCUCCAAAGUUUGAUAGGCUGUGGCCUUCACUGUUGCACCUCUUAGGGCAGGGAAGCCCUGAACAUUAAAAAAAAAAUCUCUCUUGUAUAAAUAUACGUGCUGUUUACAUAUAUACAUAUAUGUAUUCACACACCAAUGCUUUUAAAGGAAAACCAAACUUUUGCUUUGUGCAAGUUGUGUGUGUGUGUGUGUUGUAAUCUUAAAAAAAAAACUUGUAUACAGCAGGGUAGAUAAUAGCCGAUUGAUUAUAUUUUGUUUUAGUAAAAGUAUUUAAUUUUUAAAUUAUGUGUAAUUUAUCUAAUUUGUAUUUAUUCGUUUUCUUUAGUAUGUUGUAAUUAACAAUCUCACCUGACUUGCCCUAGAAAAGAUUAAGCUCUUGAAAACAAAAAGUGACUAAGCCUUGACAGGUUUCUCUUUGCCAAAAAGGUUUUCUGCAGGAAGCAAAUGAGAAUGUUAGACCAAGUUUCUCCUGUGUUUAUGGAAGAUAGCCAUGUCUGUCUUUAAAUAGUUUGAGUCAGGAGUUUGUAGUGUUACAUCAUAUUGUUUUGUAGAACUUUUAAAAAUACUCAUUAAAUGACUUUUAAAGUCUGACUUCUUAAAAUAAAAGGAAUCCUUGUUGAGAAAGAGGGUGAGAUUGCAGUUAAGAAUUUUUAACCUUUGAAAGAUUGCCAUCUAGUGGCACCAAAGGGUGCUUUUUGUGAUUAUUUUUAUAGAGAUAAGCAGUAGUCCUGUUGUGUUAGUCUGAUGUGCAUUACAAAUAUGGCAUAAUUUUGGCCUCUCCAAAUGUGUAAAUAUAUCUUUUGGGAAAAACAAGGCCACCUCAUAACAUUUGCCUGACUAUGAAUGGGAUGACCUUAGAAAUAAGGAACUAGUCUCAUUCCUUAUUCCCGUGACAAAUUCUCUAACAAUUUUGAAGGUAGAGAAACAACAGGAAGGAAUCCAGUGGCAUUUUAGCUUCAUUAGUCUAAUAAUUCAGAUAUUAGAAACAUUCAAAUCAAAAUUAUAUGGAUGAUUAUCAUGUUUUUUGAGAGUUAAAAUAGUUACUGUUUGCUCAUUCUUGCCAGUAUUCAUGAUUAUCUACAAUUUGGUAGUUACCUGUCAAAAUUUUAGGAAAAUAAAGGGUUACAGUUUUGGUUUUUGUAUGCUUAAGUUUUUAAAACAUAACAUUCUGUGAAUCUCAAAUUGUUAUUUAUAUAAGAGAGAAGAUUACAGAAGGCUUAUUAGUCCAGCAUAACAGGGGCUAGAUACAUUGUCAAAGGGGACUUUUUGUUUCUAAUGACCAGGAAAGAAUCAAUUACUGAAUUCCCACAUUUUAAUCUUAUAAACUGGUUAAUUGUGGAUAUGGUCUUUGGUAGAUAGGUCUGGGGCAAGAACUUCCUUCCAGUUAAAAUUCUGGAGACCUUCUCUUAGUAGGUUGUAGAUAAAGCCUUAGCUAUAUCAUGGAAAUGGACUCCAUAGGAUUCUAGAAUAGCAUUUCCCAAAUUGUAUUCUAUGAGAUUAUCUGCCCCCUCCAAUCCCCCAACAAAAACAAAAACACGAUUCUAUUUGAGCAAGUUUGGAAAAUGUUUCAUGCUACCCUCUCGCUAGAGGAUGACAAUGGAUAUGAACAUUAAAGACUCAUAUCAAAGUCCUUCUGUGAAGAAAAAAAAAAAAUUAAUUUUAUUUAACCCUACUUUGCCCAAAUUAAUUUAACCAUCUUUUUAAACUUAUUAUCUCAAGGGAAAAAGCAGAUUUGGAAUAUACUAGUUUACGAAAUUAUUGUUCCAGAUUGUCAUAAUUAGGAUAAUUAAGAACAAAAUAAAGACUUGCUCUAACCCCUUUCACUUGUUGGAGAGAAUCUGGUUCAAAAUCAGAAUAAUUUCAUUUUAAACUGUGGACAUACUCAUCUUGAGCAAAUGCUGGACUAAAUAGAAUUAUGUAUGUCUGCAGCUUUUUCAUAGGACCAUGAUUUUCUUAAUCAGGUUGUGAUUGGGAGCAAAAUUACUUUUUGUGUUGAGUGAAUAACUGAAAAAUCUUGAACAAGAUCACUUGUAAAAAGUAUUAAGAGAUUAGUGAUUAAUGCUUAUGGCUGUAUGGAUGAUCAGUCAAUAUCAUUGAUUCUUACUUUCAAAAUGUGUAAUCAGUGAACAUUUUCCAAAUACUUAUAAAUAGUUAGAUCUAAUUUCUAUUAUUCUUUAAUGUAGGAAGAAACAUCUCAAAUAGAAUUUGUAAAAGGGGAGGUAGGCAAACUUAUAAGUUGGAUUGUUUUCAUCAACAAACUUUUAGAGACACUUUUGUAACCUCUAGUGUUUGCAUUCCUUGAUACUAGCCAUCCAUCCAUCCAUCAAGAGAAUUCAGGAUCCUACAUUAAUCAGAAAUGAUAGUAUUUCAAUGUCAGGGAAUUGGCUAUAUGUAGUACAGACAGUUGUCCAUUUUCUGCAUGUAGGUUAUCCAUGACAGUUCCAUAAUUCUGGGUUUGCUUUCUCUUAUUCCCUAGCCAAUCUGUACUCAGGGAAUACAAAUUGAUUUUUAGUAUUAGAUGAAACAUAAUUGAGAAAAUAAUCAUAGACAGCUGUUACAGAUUUUUUGACGAUUUAUUUAUAGCCUCUGUUAGUGUGCAGUAUACUGAAUUAAUAAGCACUGCAGUUUUCAUUUAUAAAAUAUAAAAGCUUGGAACCUGUUUAACACAGAUAUUGUAUUUUUGUCUAUUCACUGGUUAAUAAUUUAAAUCCUAUUAAAAGUUGUGAAAUCUCAGUAUCUAAAUGUUAGACACAUUCACAACUUUGUUUUUGUUUGUUUUUAAAGACUCCCCACCUUUUCAACUUGGCAUUUCUUUACCUGGUCAUCCUGUCACUCUGUGACUUUUUAAAUAGCGAAUGUAAUUUAUUUUGAUAAUAGUUCUCAGAGAUUCUACUUUAUUAGAAAUUCUGGAUGAGGGAUAUGUGCAAUCUGUUGGUAAGUUACAUCCGAUGUUGGGGUUCAUUUUUGUAACCUCUAAAGUGGGAGGGAUAGAUUAAAAGACCUCUGAGAUAUCUUCGGGCUUUAAAGUUAUGUCUUAUAUGAUUUGUGUUAGUAUCCACUUUUCAUAUAUUUAGUUUUUAUACUAGUGUGAAUAUUCUCUAUAUGUUUGGUGAGGCAUUUUGAAGGUAUGUAUAUACUUGAAUAUUUUUCUAAGUACAGCUGCCCUCUGGAAUACAAAUGGCAGAAAUUAUCCAGACAACUAAGUAUGUUAAAGCAUCAUGUGCACUUGACAUAAAGCAAAACAUGACUAAUUUGAAGUGAUGGAAGUGUUCCAUACAUUUUCUUAGUGAUUGUUAGAUCCAGAGACUCUCCAUAUUUAUUAACUUAAUAUAUUGUAGUAACCUUGUGAGGUAACCACUUUCCAGAUAAGAAAGCAGGACCAGAAAGCUCUUCAUAAAGAUUUAAUGUCAUACAGGUAUUCAGCGUUGAUCACUGUUCUUCAUGUGAAACAUCUGAGUAGUUGAGUAAUAAAAGUAAACACAAAUGUAUUGCUUUCAGGUCUUAGAGUGACAUAAUGUAGUCUUAAUUGAUUAUUUCUUAGUUUAAUUAUUCGAACCAGUUGAUUGUACUAACUAGAUGUAAUUAUCUGAAGUAGUUAUGAUUAGCAUUUUGAUUUUUAUAAGUACUUUUACGUUAUCGAGGGUGCUGCUUAAUACUAAAGGAAUUUUUUAGGACGUGAUUCUUCUAAUUUUAUUUACAUGGUUCUUAUAGUACAAAUCUUUUUAAAAAAGUAAAACCAGUUUCAGCCCCUAUCUUAAAUUAUCAUAGUUUUUGACUGUUAUCUGAAUCAGGCUUAUCUAAAUUUCAUAUACAGAUUGAUAACUUUUCAUUUUGUAUGCAUGUUAAGUGAUAAAACACUAUUUUCAUAGAGUGCAUUUCUAUUCACGGACUACCUAAUUAUUAUCAGCUUGAUAGAAUUCUCUCAAACCUUAUAAAACUUUGAAAUGUAAUUUGUUUUAUGAGUUUUAAAAAUUAUAUAAACCUUGUUUAAACAAGAUGCCAGUAUCCUUGACUAGCCUUUCCCACAUAUAAUUAUGAUGUAUUUGAUGCCACUGAACAGUAAUAGCAAAGAGAACAGGACCCACAGUCUAGACUGGAUUGAGUUUUAAUUAAACUUCUUCAGCUAUAACUUGAUAAGAAUCAGGCUGGUCUAGAAGUUAUCAGACUGUGGGCCUGUAUUAAUUUUGUGAACCAAUGUUAAUGUUUACUACCAGUCUUGCAUAGCAAUGCCAGUUUUCAGCCGUGACUGUGUAUGUGACUUUUGGUAACUACUGUUUAUAUCUAAAGCAGUUUAGAUUUUGUGGAAGUAGUUUAUGAUUAUUUGGACAAGCAGGGUAGGUAAAUUUCAGUUACAUUUAAAGUGCAAUUAAGGAAAUUCUAGAGUAGAGUGCUCUUUACAGGAAAAAAAGCAUUUGUAGAAUAUCCUAGCAUGAAAGCUUUUUUGAGCAUUCAUAGAAUUUUGACAAGAUUCAUAUAGUGUGAUUAUUAUUUUUUUGUUUAUUCAGUGUUUGCCACUUUGUGUUGUUUUAAAAUUUCAAGGAAAAAUAGAAGCGUUCUAGCCAAGGAGAAUCAAUUGUAUAGUUUUUUGCUGCUAAUUUACACAUGCAUUUUUUUAUAGCUAAAAGCCUCUUUCCAAUAAGUUUUGUGACAAAGGCCACUUUCUAGACAGAUGACAUUUUCGUAAAAUAGAAAAGAGAAACAGAUCCACCAAUCUAAAAAAUAAAAAACAAAAACACUUUAAUUGUGCCUUCUCUUUUAAAUUAUAGGAACAGUAAUAAUUAAUCAAAAACUUAUUUGAACUGUAUUUUCUUAUGUUCCGAUUUCUCCCCCUUUUGUUUGUAUUUCCCCCGCUCAAAUGUUCACAUUGUUUUUCUUUUUGUCUUUUUGGGUUCUUUUGGCCUGACCUCACCUUGUCACAAUCAGAAAUUGUUCACUGAUGUAUUUUUCUACUUCAUGUUGCUUCACUUUUUAAGACACCUUGGUAAAAGUUUGGCUGCCUUUUCAUGUUUUUAAAAUGAAUGCAAUGAAUAGCAAUCUUUAUAGUUCAGCCCCUUAAAAAGUUUGUGAAGGAAAGAAAUAAUGCAAAGAAUAUAAUCUGAUUUGGAAUCUGAGUCUCAGUUUGGCUGCUAUGUCAGCAGCAAGUCACAUAACCUCAUUUAGUUUUCUCACCUACAAAAUGUGGAUAAUAACCUACCUCACAGAUGUAUGUGAGAAACUGAAAGCCCUUGUUAAAAUACAGGGUUAAUCAUCCUCAUAUUUAAUGUAAAUCCUCUUUUUUUUUUUAAAAUAGAUAUCUUUGAUACUGAUAUUUUGAUUUUAGGUAAGUCUUAUGUGGUAAAAAUGUAGUGGUAAAAGUGUUUUAGACCACAGUUUCACAAAUUAUGGUAUUCUUAUUUUAAGUAACAAAAUUUCUUGAAACAUUGAAUAUUCAGUUAUCAAAUUUGUCUUCUGUUGCAACAAAUAUUCAGAACUUCUUAAAAUGUCAGCUGAAGCUGCCUUAAUGUACUAACACAGCUUUUUGUCAAGACUGUUCACAGAUCUAUGGCUGUACAAUGUUGUGUUUAAUGUAAAAUUGUUAUAGAACUGUAAAUUUGAUAAGCAUAGUAAUCUUAAUAUUGUUUUCAGAAGAAUGCUUGUAUUCUUUAUCAUGUAUACAUAAAUAUCAUACAGUGGAUUUUGAAUGCAACAAAUAAAACUGAAAGUUGACAGCCAACAGUUUAUGUCCAUGACAAUCAUCAGAAAAUGUAAGAUUGGAUAUUAAGUAUUUAAAUUUUUUUUAAAGAAGAUCCUGUAUUCUUUCUUAGCCCAUCUUUGAAAAGAAAAAAUUUCCAUAGGCUGGUACAUUAAACUACUGAAGCACAUAACUAUUAAAAACAUUUUUUUAACUGUUGAAAUUGGGAUCACUUUUUAUAAUUCGUUUUAGGAAGAAAAAGACCAGAUUCCCAGUGCUUUCGUGCUUUAAUAACCAUAUUCAAAUUUCAGUUUUGUUUGUUAUGACUUAUUUGUGAGUGUUCAAUGAUCAGUGGGAAGGAUGUGUCUUUCAGUAACUGUGUGGUAAAGAUGUCUUCUUGAAUUAUACAACAUUCACAGUUAUAGGUUCACCCUAGUUAAUAUUUGCAUUGUACAAACUCAUAGAUAACAGACACAAAAGAGAACAGCAGCCUGCCUGAUUGCUUAUAGCUUUCUUCACAAAAUCAAAUUAAACUGUCUGGUUAAUUUAAAAGCUA